AAGAUUUCUUGUUCUUUUAUCAUCUUCAUCAGCAAUAUAUAAUUUUUUAUUUUACUCCGAUAUGUAUUUAUUUUUGGAAUGAUUUUUCUCCACAUUUAUAGUUUCCGUGGAACUGUAAAUGGACUUACACGAGUCUCAAUUACUGGACUUGGGCCCGAGGCCCAAAUAGAAAACCCUAGUUUCAAUCCCUAUAUAAUGACCUGACAGGAAGCACUGCAGUUACUGCAGUACCAUCGUCGCAAUGUUCGCAUUCAAGUUUGAAACAGCAUUUCUAGUGCUAUAAUUAUAAGUCUGUGUGUUGUUUGUGUGUGCGUAUGUUCAUAUGAGAAAGCAAGGUAGCUUCUUGACGAGACUUCGAUUAAUAUACGGUCCUCGUCAAUCCUGUUUUACAAACUUGCAAUAUCAUAAUCAGCAGUGUCACUCGUCUGAAUUUGAUUUCUCCUGAUCUUUCAGGCCCUUUAUCACUGCUACAUUUUCCCACCUCUUUUAUUAUUAUUAUUAUUAUUAUUAUUAUUAUUAUUUCACUUCGGAACUGAUUUGAGCAAACGCACUCUGUCCCUAAACCGUGCUUUGACACGAAUGUUUUGAGGCAAUUUCUUCGUUUGCGAAAGUAAUGUCAUUCCAUUAAACCAUGAAUUUGCUUGUCUGGGCUUGUAUCACAUGCCUAUCGGGUGCGUUGAUGGACUACACUUCUUUGUUUCUGAAAUAAAUCCCCAAUCUCAGGUUAUCGAUUUUCCUGGAGGAACAGUGAAGUUCAUCCCGGAAAUGAGAUUUAUAUCUGAAUCAUCUCCACAGAGAAUACCCUGCUACCGUGUCCUCGACGACGAUGGACAGCCUCUGGCCAAUAAUUUUGUCCAGGUUAGUGAGGAAGUUGCUGUAAGGAUGUACAGUAACAUGGUUACACUACAAAUUAUGGACACCAUUUUCUAUGAAGCGCAAAGGCAGGGCAGAAUAUCUUUUUAUGCAACGACCAUUGGAGAAGAGGCAAUAAAUAUUGCAUCAGCUGCAGCUCUUACUAGGGAUGAUGUUAUUUUCCCUCAGUAUAGGGAACCAGGACCCCUGUUAUGGCGUGGUUUCACAUUGCAAGAAAUUGCACACCAGUGUUUUUCCAAUAAAUAUGACAAUGGAAAAGGACGGCAAAUGCCAAUACAUUAUGGGUCCAACAAGCAUAAUUACUUUACUGUAGCAUCAACUGUUGCCACACAAGUUCCCCAUGCUGUUGGAGCUGCAUAUUCUUUAAAGAUGGACAAAAAAGAUGCAUGUUCUAUCACUUACUUUGGUGAUGGUGGCUCAAGUGAGGGAGAUUUCCAUGCUGCCUUAAAUUUUGCAGCAGUUAUGGAGGCGCCAGUUAUUUUCCUGUGCCGAAACAAUGGAUGGGCUAUCAGCACCCCAACUUCGGAUCAAUUUCGAAGUGAUGGUGUUGUCGUGAAAGGACAGGCAUAUGGAGUCCGCAGCAUUCGAGUAGAUGGCAACGACGCCCUGGCCAUUUAUAAUGCUGUUCAAGCUGCUCGUGAAAUGGCAAUCAGUGAAGAGAGACCAGUUCUAAUAGAAGCUCUUACAUAUAGAGUAGGACACCAUUCGACAUCGGAUGACUCCACCAAGUAUCGUCCAGCCAAUGAGAUUGAAUGGUGGAGGCUCGCUCGAGAUCCGGUGGCUAGGUUUAGAAAGUGGAUAGAAAGGAAUGGUUGGUGGAAUGACAUGGCUGAAUCAGAGCUUAGGAACAGUCUGAGACAGCAGCUUCUGCAUUCAAUUCAAGUGGCAGAGAAUAUAGAGAAGCCUCCAAUUGAAGAUAUAUUUAACGAUGUUUAUGAUGUGCCUCCGUCCAAUCUUCGUGAGCAGGAGCAAUGGGUCAAAGAUACCAUAAAAAAGCAUCCGUUAGAUUACCCAGAGAAUAUUUCUGCAUAGUAAUCAUAAAUUGCAUAUCCUCAUGCGCAUGUAAUUGUACUGGAUGCAAGUAUUCUUGUUCUAUGAAUAAAAUGCAUGUGCAUACUCCUA